AUGUCAAUGUCAAAAGUGGCAAGAAGAAGCACAUCCGCUUUCUUUUUCGACUGAAUAUUUGUCGGUUUAACAGGGCAAAAAUGUCGCUCGUCAUCCCAGAGAAGUUCCAGCACAUUCUUCGUAUCAUGAAUACGAACAUCGAUGGCAAGCGCAAAGUUGGCAUCGCCAUGACCGCCAUCAAGGGUGUGGGUCGUCGCUACUCCAACAUUGUGCUGAAGAAGGCCGAUGUGGAUCUCACCAAGCGUGCCGGUGAAUGCACUGAGGAGGAGGUUGACAAGGUUGUCACCAUCAUCACGAACCCUCUGCAGUACAAAGUGCCCAACUGGUUCCUUAACAGACAGAAGGAUAUCAUUGAUGGCAAAUACUCGCAGUUGACAUCCUCCAAUUUGGAUUCCAAGCUCCGUGACGAUUUGGAGCGUUUGAAGAAGAUCCGCUCCCAUCGCGGUCUGCGUCACUACUGGGGCCUCCGUGUCCGUGGCCAGCACACCAAGACCACUGGUCGCCGUGGUCGCACCGUUGGUGUGUCCAAGAAGAAGUAAGCUACUGAUGCCAUGGUCAACGUCAACGUCGUCGUCAGGCUGAAGCUGUUAUUGCUUAUUAUUCUACUAUAACAUCAAUCCAAAACAAUAAGAAAACAAAUACAAAAAAAAACCCAAAAACUUGAAGUGUUGAAUGAAAUUGCAGAAUCUGUGGAUAAAUAAUCACUUGGAGAGCUGAAUUUGUGUUACUUCGCAGAAGUUGCAUUUGUGAAGUGAAUUAAAUGUGUACAAAAAUAUAUUAUUACUAGACAUGAUCAAUUUGCUUUACAUUUCAACACAGUCGAACACACAAACACCCAAAUUGAAAUGUCAUCAACGUAUUUUAUACAUUCAUCACCAAUCAACACCUGCACCAAACUGUGCUUAUUGAUUUCCAAGAAUAAAUCUGUUCAACUCGCCAAUCCCAUAAGU